AUGGGCGACACAGCAGGGGCGCCGUCGUCCCAGUCUGACGUGGCGGCAGCGCGGGAGCUGUUCGGCGUGUCGUUUGCUGACGUGGCGGGGCGGCACUUCCUGGUGCUGCGGCAGGAGCGCGUGGUGGUGGAGGCGGAGAGCACCGUGCAGACGCUCAUGGAGACGCUGCAGCUCUACCGCCACCGCCUCUCCAUUGUUUAUGAGGGCUUCGAGUAUCUGAUUGGGGACUUUGCCAUGCGCCUGGGGCGGGCCAUUCUCUCCACCAAUGAGGCGCUGCGAGGCAUCGUGGUGGAGAUCGAAUACCUGCCAACCUCGUCCCUCCCAGAUGCGCGCCCCCUUCUCCUUGACUUCCUGGCCAUGUGGCACGACCUGGUGGCAGCGCAGGGCCUGGUGGGCCGCUUUGUGCCGCUCGACCCGGCCUUCUCCGACUACUCGCUGGGCGACACCUUCUCGCUGCCCCACAGCGCACUGCAGUUCGUGCUCGUGUCUGCGCACCUCAUGGCUGCGCGUGCUUAG